AUGACGGCCGUACUGCAUCCCCGGCAGUCAUUGUCCCCGGAUGCUCGCUCGCCCACUGCUCAGCGCUAUUUCCUUCAGGAUCACGGCAUCCCGAUCAAGUCUGAGCCCAUGCAAGAUGCCUAUCCGGCCCGGGACUGCCCCAGCCCCGUCGCCUCCACAGACUCCUCGCUUCCGCCUUCCCCCAACUUCACACCGACCGGCCAGGUUCUCACUUACUCUCCCACCAACAUCAGCGACCUGUCUCUCGAUGACGAUCUAAAUUUGCCUCCGUACGAUGCCGAGUCUGGGGCCCGCGUGGUACCCAAGGAGUCCGAUGUAAUGAGCGAUGCGUCCGAGGGCUGCGAACAUCCCCGGUCCCGGCAAACCCCAGCCGCUGACGAUACUUCCGUCGAAGAGGAGCCCUCCCGACACGUCGACUAUCUCUCUCACGAGUGGCGCGAGGAGGAUAUCUGGGCUUCAUGGCGCUACGUGACGUCCCGCAGGAGCGACUAUAGCAACGGAGUGCGCCUCGAGAACGCCUCGUGGAGAACGUGGGCCAAGGCGAAGCACCACCUGGGGACCAUCUCUCCGGAGACCUUGAACUGGCUAAAAGAUUGCGAUGUAACAUGGCUCUACGGUCCCCUCAAGACGUCAAGCUCGACCGAGGACACAACGUCGGAUGUAUCGCCACCGCCCAGUCGCCUCGAAACACCCAAUUCUUCAUUCAUCGACCGAAAACCUAUCCUGAAAAAGAAAACCGCGUCCGAAACCAUGCUUCAGCGGUCGCUGUCCCAGCACACACUUCUCCAGCACGCAGGGGCCAUCCUCAAAGCCCAGGAGGCCGUAAGCGGCUGGGCGCGACCUCCCUUGGUCAGGUCCAAUACCGAUCUGGACCACAUCCAUCAUCGCACCGGGAGCUCGACCUACUCCAUGGGUGGCACCUUGACGACCCCCUCCUCAUCGGGGUUGACAUCGCCGAGUGAGCGACGUCACAUCCACUUCAACGACAAGGUAGAGCAGUGUAUCGCCGUGGAUCUCAAAGAGGCCGACGAAGAGGAUUGGCCUGUCACAUUCGAAGAUGAAAGCUCAUCUGAUGACGGCGUGGUCAUGAUGCGACAGAUCUCGGGCAAAUCGUCCCUAAGCAAUCGAAGCACCCCCCGCAAUAGCUUCAGCAGCGACAGUAAAACCAUCGCUCCUCUCCCUGCCACCACUCUUAAAUACCGGGGUGACACCCCCGAGCCCAAGGGCGGCUGUAUCCUCGAUCGAUGGUCUGCCCUCCCUCACUCCUCCUCGUUGUCACCCACUCCGUCCGUGGAGACUCUCCGCCCAUCAUCCCAAUCCGCCAACUUCCUUCUUGACGAGGAUGAUGAAGAUCCCAGUCUGGAUUUCACCGGUCAAUACACAAAUCAAGACCGAGGCUGGUUCGUUCCGGAAGACGAGGACGAGCUCGGCGACCGGCCACUGCAGCUGAGCCCCUCCGGCAUGUUUAUUCCCUACGCCGAGGGUGAAGGAGAAGCGGAAGCGGCCAACAACGGUCUGUUGGGACGAGUUGUCGACACCGUCAACACUGCGCGAGAUAUCGCCCACGUUAUUUGGAACGUGGGUUGGCGGCGAUAA